AUGAUCACUGCAGCCGCAAUCUUCAACGGCCUCAAGGCCGUCACCGCCACCCUGCAGCUGCGCGAUGUGUGUGUCCUCAUGGGGCCGCUCUUUGCUGGCAACACGGCCAUGGUGGCCUAUCUUUUCGGCAAGGAGCUGAACGGCACCGGCACUGGCCUCGUCGCCGCCGCCCUCAUGGGCGUCGUCCCAGGCUACGUGUCCCGCAGCGUGGCUGGCUCUUUUGACAAUGAGUGCAUCGCCAUCUUUGCGCUGCUGGCAACGUUUUACCUGUUUGUGAGGGCCGUGCGGCUGGGGAGCAUCGCAUCUGCGGUGGCCGCCGCCGGCGGGUGCGCACUUUGGCGCUAG